UUGAUUAAAUAGCUUCAUGAAAGGUUACGUCUGUAUUCCUGUUCAGAUAGAUUUUGAUGGAAAAAUUCAGAUCACAAUGCUGUUGGUCUAGAAAACAGAAUGACUUUGGAAAACUUUUCAACACAACUUUUUGAAAGAGUGUCGGAAUAAUAAUGAGUGUUUUUGAUCUUAUUGUACAAAAUGGAAGUGUUCGACAGGUUCAUCUUAUGUUAGAAUGGAUUGACAUUAACAGUAAAAGUUUAUCUGAGACAUUACUAAUGGUUUGUGUGCGGAAAGUGUUCGAUCCUACUAGACGUCUAGCUCUUUUGAAAACAAUCUUAAACUUCAAACCAGAUAUAAAUCUACAAGACAAUAAAGGUCAAACAGCAUUCAUGUCAGCUUGUAUUUGUGAACAAGAAGAUACGAUUAACCUAUUUCUCAGACAGCCAUCACUAGAGGUAAAUAUAACAGACAAUGAUGGAUUUACAGGAUUUAUGUAUGCUUGCGAAACUGGAAAUAAAAAUUUGGUAAAAUUACUAGUUGACGCCCACCUAAAACGACAAAUCAGUCUCGAUUUGAGUAAAAUUAAUUGUGAUGGAAAGACAGCGUUACAAAUUGUAAAGGAAAGGCACGACUCAGGUUUAUUUGCCAUAGUGAAUGAUGCUUACGGAAACAAAAGUAAUACAAAACCUGUAUCAUGUGUUUCCGACGACAAUGACUUUCGUCUUUUUGACAAAGUUAAAAGUAAAAAACUUAAGUCAAAACAAAAUGCAGGUAGGUCUGGACAGCGCAUGAGCAUGUCAGCCAUCAGAAGAGCACUAAAAGAAGCAUAUAUGUCCGACGAAGAAGACGAUGUGGUUGAAGAAAGUCAUAGUAAAGAUAAAAAUGGAAUAACUGAUCUAGUAAAGGUUGUAAGAGAAUGUGCAACUGAUCUACGACACAUAUAUAAUGAACAGGAGAAAAGCCAAAAGGAGUCCAAAAAGGAAGUUAAAAAGAUUCAGCAGACGAGAAACCAACCAGUUCCUGAAAAUCAUGGAAGAAACGAACAAUCGAUCACUGAUAUGUUGACUACACCUGGUAAGAAGAGAAGAACACGUAAAAGGUAUAACGAUCAUUUCACUGUAGAAACUGCAAGCACCAGAAAUAGUGAUUAUAAUGACAUGACUAGUGAACAACAUACAAUAGAUACACAUAGAGCAGGAAGGAAAGAACGAACUACAAAGGUGCACUUUCAUCCAGCUCCAAAGGGUAUAAAUAUUGACAGCAUAACAGUUUCAACAAAGAGAGCAGAAGGCGAACGAAAAAUUGUGCUAUCAGAUACUAGUAACUAUGACAAAAAGUUGGCUGUAAAACCGAAACCUAAAUAUAAUCGAGAUGAUAUGUAUAGACGUGUUAAUGGGGUGCCUAGCUCAUCCUUGCCGCUUUCGGUUUCGGGGACACAAAAUAAGUAUGCCAGCAGAUUACCAAAUAGAAAAAUUUGGUCUUCUCUUGAACAAGGCAAUGUUGCUUUGCCUUCAAUAUCACGACCAUCUUCAAGGACUUUCUUACCACCCCUAAAAGAAGGUUUUCAGGCAAGGAGAGCAAAGGAAAACCCUGUAAAAAUUCACGACAAGGGUAUGUGGAAAAUCAUGCAAGGUUAUAAGUAAAACUGCAAAAUGUAAUGCUCAUUAACAUGGUGACAAUAAGGAAAUAGUUAUACAAAUUCUGUGAAUUUCUAUGGGGGAUUUAAUUGUUGCAUGAAAUGGUCAAGUAAGCUCAACUAAAACAAACCUGUAUUAUAUGGGGGAUACGUUUAUAUUGACAAUUUUAUAGUAUUAAAAUUAUUUUAUCGUUUUUAAUUUA